CUAAACGGAUGGAAUAAUGUGCGAACAAGAAACAAAACGAAAUUAAACGCUAGAACACAAAAGAAAAACAAAAAUAAUAACUGCAAAGAAAAAUAACAUAAUACUAAAGCAGGAGAAAAUAAAUUUUAUAAAGGAAGUUAUUUUAACAACAAAAGCCUCUGAAAACCUAAAAUUAUAAAAAAAAGUUGAAAAAAGAGCUUAUCCAAGAGUACCGCUUUAGCCAAAAUAAUUAAAAUUUUGUGUUGUUGAAAAAUGAAAUUUAAAAUUAUUUUUGUUUAAAAGAAAAUCUAAAAUAUUUAGUGGUUGAAGCGUAUCCCCCUCUAAACUAUUAUAGGGAUCCCCACGCCAUUAGGAAAAAUAAUUUUUUUUUUUAUUCAAAUAUUAAAAAUAUCAAAUUCAAAUGUGACAUGGGUAAAACCCAAUGAAGUUAAAACAUAAUACCCAAAUAUAGUAGAACCUUUUUGAGUAUUUGCAAGACACAACGUACAAAAACCAAAAGUAUUUAAGAGAAAUAAUAUAAUCUAUUGUAAUCAUGCGAAUGCUUUUGUAGAAAUAGGGAUCCCUUCACCAACAACAAGAGUAAACCAAAACAAGUUGAUAACAAUGAUAUCGACCCCUUCCACAACCCAACAUGCCAAGUGAAAAAGUGUGGCCACCCAAGCUGUUCUAGAGUCCUUAGUGUCCUAACAAAAAACCGACACAAAGAAACACCCAAGGAUCUAGGAAAGACCCAAAACCAUUUUGUGAUAAGAAAACGCUUUAUGCUGUCAAUAACACCCAUUUGCGAAAUAAAGCAACAAUAAAAGACGUUUCUUGUCGAUCCCACAGUUGGAAUUAAAGAAAAAUGAGCCUAUUACCACAAAGCAUUGACAAUAACUGGCUAAAAAAAUAUGUGCUAAGUAAUACUUGAGGAUGACAUUUGGUUUAUAGAACUUCUGCUCUUCAUCUCUCAUUCCUUCGUUCGUUUUCUCUUUUCACAGACACAAACACAGAAGCGGCCAAACAACCGCACCGAGUUACCAGCUAGAAAGUUUGCAAAUGCUUACACAAUAUCCAUAGAAUACGCUUAGCAUAAUAGCGCUGCGCCAUGAAUUUAUAUUUAAGGAUAUUACUAAUGAGCUUACUGCCCUCCUGGAGCCAGACGCAUGGAAUCACUGCCCCCCAAAAAAAUCAUGAUGGGAAGAUGACUGAGACUGCCCCAACCAUAUACAACCAAAUGGUGGCGGAGAAACGCACCGAUGAGAACGGCAAUGUCAAGGAGCCGAUGGCCACUUGGUCUGUGGCUUUGGCAGAUUUCGAGGACCACUUGAAGCCCACAUUGCAAUUGUACGAAUUGGAUGACACAGAAUUGAAUCGCCUCAAUGCUUCAUACCUUGCUUCGGUCAUCAAGCGGUUUAACUUAACACUUGGCAACAAGUCGUACGAGUUUGAAGAUGACAACGCUUGUGCCACACGUCAGACCACCUUUGUCAAAUUAUUAACGAUGAUUCUGUAUGCAGUAGUUUGUAUUGUAGGAUUGUUCGGCAACACUUUGGUGAUUUAUGUGGUCUUGAGGUUUUCCAAAAUGCAGACAGUGACCAACAUUUACAUUCUCAAUUUGGCCAUUGCGGACGAGUGCUUCCUCAUUGGAAUUCCUUUUCUACUAUAUACCAUGCACAAUGGCAGCUGGCAGUUUGGGGAGUAUGCCUGCAAGGCGUACAUGGUGAGUACGUCCAUCACCCAGUUCACCUCCUCGAUAUUCCUGCUAAUCAUGUCGGCGGACCGCUACAUAGCCGUCUGCCAUCCUAUAUCGUCGCCCCGCUACAGGACACCCACCGUCUCGAAGAUGGUCUCGGGCAUUGCUUGGCUGACAUCGGCUAUGCUCAUGCUGCCAGUGAUGCUGUUCGCUAGUACCGUGACAUUUGGCGAGCACACCUCCUGCAACAUCAAAUGGCCAGAGGCACAGAAUAACCAAUCGGGUACCACAUUUAUACUGUACUCAUUGGCCUUGGGCUUCGCCACCCCGCUGACCUUCAUUUUGGGCUUCUACUGCUUGGUCAUACGGAAAUUGCACACAGUGGGCCCCAAGCACAAGUCCAAAGAGAAGAAGCGGUCCCAUCGUAAGGUGACGAAACUAGUACUGACAGUGAUUACAGUAUAUAUUCUAUGUUGGCUACCCUAUUGGAUAUCCCAGGUGGCCUUGAUCACUUCGUCACCAAGCAAGUGCGCGUCACGUCUUGAGAUCACCAUUUUUCUGCUGGCCAGCUGCUUGGUCUACUCCAACUCGGCCAUGAAUCCCAUACUAUAUGCUUUCCUCAGUGACAAUUUCAAGAAGUCCUUCCUGAAAGCCUGCACUUGUGCUGCCCGUAAGGAUGUCAACGCCCAGCUGCAAAUGGAGAACAGCAUGUUUCCGCGCUUCAACAAAUCGCGGACGGCGGAAAAACUUCUCACACCCAAUAAAGCCAAGCAGGGAGCAGGGUCAUUUCUUUGUAAAAACACUCGCCAGAGAAUGCCCAUAACCUCCACCACCGCCACCACCACUACGGGCAACACCAAUGUCACGGUGCUGGAGGCCAAUAGUUCUGUGGCUCCAAGUGCGCCCCAACAGAACAAUCAUUUCCUUGCACCGCCACUACCAUCCAUAGCCGCCCCCAUGGGUUCGUCCUGCAAUUCGAAUAAUUCCAAUCUUCUAAUGCUUCCCGCCAGCAGCGUGUGUACGGAGAAUUCCAAUGUGGAGGACAACAACUCUGAUUGCUCGGAGCCGGAGGAGAUUGCGACUGCCGUAAGACCCCCUGUUUUGCAUACCGAUUUAUAAGAAAGGAGGCAUGGAAAACGGGUGCGUAAAUGCAUUGUCUUGCUGCAAUCGAAUCGAGUGUAUCAAAAACUCAGUUAUUCCCUGGGUUUAGAUAGUGUCAAGGAAAUUGAGGAACAGAAUACCCAAUGAGAUGAAGAAUUUUCUAAAUUAUCUGAGAAUUAUCGUUGAUCAUUUUUGUAAAACCAAAGCUUAGAAACAUUGAUAUUACUUAGCUAUACAAUAACAGGGAACAUUGUGAAAGGAUAUGUUUGAUGAAAGGAUAUUAUUUUUUUUGAAAAUUGGGGAAUUGAAAAUGUAGUCCAAAAUUGCAAAAAGGAAAUUUGUUACUUUUAUCUGCCGUGCAAUUGUUCAGAUCAUUUUUUUAUUUUAAAUCAUAAAUACAAAUUUCUUAGAUGACUUUAUGUUUACAAAUUAUAGAAAAAAGUCCUUAAAAUCAUAUUGAAUCCAUAGGUCACUGGUUCAUAUCCGGUUCGAAGCACCAUGUACAAUUCCCAGAAGAACUUCUGUAAGUAGUGGACUGUAUAGGGUUGAAUGUGUCUCCCAGAAAUGUAUAGAUGUGAAGCAAAACAAAAGAUAAAAAGGCACGUUCAGUUUUCGGUAUUCAGUUGGUGGUUUCAUUGCUGCUCCUAACCGCUCAAAGAUUACUGCACAAGUAAGGUUGGCGGAUCUAAAACGUAUAUAAAAGGAUCAUGGUAAUAAUAUCAAUUGAAUGAAAGCUAUUAGCCUUAUAACAAGGAAUGGAUAAAUGGUUGUCCACUUCUAUCAAUAGAUUAUGAGUUUGUGGGAAAAGUAUCUUGUAAUUCAUUUAAAAUUCAGAAGGCAAAUUUUAAUUCAAUGAUUAAUAUAGUUGUUUGUUGAACUCGCUUCAAGAACUUCCUUUGUCUGGUAUCCUAUGGAGAAUGAAUUCGAAACCAAGCUAGUAGUCUUAUAAAUGUUUGAAUUAUAGUCUAAAAACCAAAAAAAAAAAAAAACGAAAAAAAAACAAACAAGUAAAAAUGUGGUUAGUUUGGCCGGGCCGAAUGUUGGGAACCCACCACUUUGGAUCCUGCGAAAUUUUUGCAACCCUAGAGACGAAGCCUAUUGAUACUUGAAAAUAUGGGCUUAGAUUUGGAUAUAGCUCCCAUAUAGGUACAUGUAUAUGUUCGCCCAAUGUGGAUUAGUAUUGAUAUAAUGUGGUAAUUUGUUAAACGAUUCUCACGAAAUGUGCCAAAAAGGAUUUUCUUAAGACUUUUAACAUUUCUAUUGAAUUUCAUAGAAAUCAUUUCAGAUAAAUAUAUAGCUCACUAUAUAUAUUUUCGUUUGAUUUUGACUAAUAUUGCAAAAAUUUGGUCGGUUGUUAACCGAUUCAUGCAAAAAUUUAGUGCUGUGCCAUUUUUAGUUGACUUUCUGCUGUUACAGCAAACAUUUUAGCUGUUUUUACCAACAAAUUUCUAUAAAUGUUGCUCCCAUAUAUAUACACUCGGAAGAUUUUAGCUAAUAUAGCAAAAAUUAUGUGAUUUGUUAACCGAUCCUCACAGAAUUUGGCACGAACGUUUCUCUUAUGACUCUUCUCAUUCACUGGUGAAUCUCAUAAAAUUGGUUUAGAUAUAGGUACCAUGCAUAUCAUCUCAUCUCCAUUUUCACUUUAAGGGCCUUUGCAAAAGUAUUCAUCAACAGUUCUUCUCAAAAUUUUGCCCAGCGAUUUCCUCUAUGACCUCCACAAUUUGUACAGAUUUUAAUCGAAACCUUCAUUUCACAUUAAAGAGAUUUUAAUUUCGAUGACUUACCCUGCAUAUCCAAUGUUAUAUAGGUAGGCUCUGUACGUCUUUAGUCCGUCCUUGGUUUUGUUGUUAUUUUGGGUCAUUAAAAAAAAUUAAAGUUACCUCGAGAUAAUCUUAAAUUUAGCUUUCGUUAAACCGUUAUCAAAAAGGAUUCGUCUUUGAGUCUAAAUAAGCAAAAAGUGUUAAGUUCGGUCGGGCAAAACCUUGUAUACCCUUCACAUUGGAUCGUGUUUGUCAAGUUUUUGCACGGUUUCUCUUUAUAAGCAAAAACUAGAAAGGAUCAAGAAACAAAUUCCAUGGAUAUAAAUUUUAUUUGGAAUUGCUUCCGUUAUAUGUUUCAGAACUAUAACCGGAUGAUCAUUUUAUAUGCACCGAAAGAAAAAUUGAUACCGUAUGUUGUCAACGGUAUUGAAAGUAAAGCAACACCGUGAAUUAAUACCAAAACAAUACCGUAUGUAUUUAUAAUCCCUUACAUCAUCCAUACCAUAAGGUAUUGUUUUGGUAUUACUUUACUUUACUUUCAAAACCAUUGGUAUCAAUUUUUCGUUCGGUGUGGCAGUAACAAAAAGAGACGGAGUCAGAAUAUAUCUAGCAUGGGGGAUGAAGAUCUUAUUAUGCAAAAUUCCCGAAAAAUCGGAUAAGAGUCACGCCCUCUAGGGGCUCAAGAUGUACAUUUGGCAGAUUGGAUUAUAUAGAAGCUAUAUAAGAUUAUUGAGCGAUUCAGGUUAUACUUGACAAGAACGUCGAAGAUAAUACAUAAAACCGAUAUGCAACAUUUCAGCUAAAUCGGAAAAGAACUACGUCCUCUGGGGGCUCAAAAAGUCAAAUCGGGAGAUCGUUUUAUAUGGGCGCUGUAUCUAAACUUAAAUCGACUAAGUCCAUUUAUAAUCUCCAACCAUAUACAUCGAUAAGAAGUAUUAUUAUUAAAUUUCAAGCAUUUGGUUUAUUCGUUAAGCAGCUGGAUGCAGGAGCAGAUGGAUGGAAAGACAUGGCUAGAUCGACUUAGUAUAUCAUGACAAUCAAGAAUAUAUGUGUAUCUAUAGGGUUGCAGAUAUGUAUUUCUAGGUGAUACAAACGAAAGGACUUGGUUAAUGUACCUCUUUUCGAUGGUAGCGGGUUAAAAAACUAGCUUUGUAUGAGUUUGAGACUGUAAAUCGGGAGAUCGGCAUAUUUGCCGUGCCGAGUUAGAAUAUAGCGAUCUUGCAAUUUAAUAGUUUGAGCUCAGAAAUGCACUAUCCAUUUUCGCCGUUACAGUGAGUUGCAUAGACCCUUCAACAUCAGAGUAUGGACCAGAUCUGUAUGCUGAUACCACAUGCCAUAUUAUUGCAUUAUAACAGCGAAUUAGACGAACAUAUAAAUGUGAGCUACAUCCAAACCUGAACUAAUUUUGACCUUAAUCCAGACAUGUUGUGUUUGUAGCAAAGAAAAUAGUUUUGCAAAAUUUUGAAAAGGUCGAUUGAUAAAUUCGCUUACAAAUGUUAAAAGCCAUACGAGAAACUGUUGUGCCAAAUUUUGUCAUAAUCGUUUAACAAAUGACCCUUUUAUUGCAUUAUUACUGCAAAUCGGUUGCAUGAAAAGUAUAUCCCAAUCUGAAACGAAUUUUUCCAAUUUCAAUAGGCUUCGUCUCUACGCAACAAAAAAAUUUGUGUGUCAAAUUUGAAGACGAUCGGAUGAAAAUUGCGAUCUGUACUUUACACACAAAAUAACAUGGACAGACGGACAUGGCUAAAUCGAAUCAGAAAUUGAUUCUGAGUCGAUCGGUAUACUAAUAACAAAUUCACUAAGUUAUAAUACCCUGUAAUACAGUGGGUAUAAUGAAUAUACCCUGGUCCUUCGGUGGUGGUGUAAGUGUAGGUCGGUUGGUAUUGUAAAUGGGUCAAUUCGGUCCAUGUUUUGAUAUAGCUGCCAUAUAAACCGAUCACGGGUCUUGACUUCUUAAGCCUCUAGAUGACGCAUUUCUUGUCCGAUUGGACCGAAAAAUUGCACGUGGUGUUUUGGUAUCACUUCCAACAACUGUGCUAAGUAUGGUUUGAUAUAGCUGCCAUAUAAACCGAUAUUGGGUCUUGAUUUCUUGUAGAGAGCGCAAUUCUCAUCCGAUUUGACUGAAACUUUACAUGAGAUGUUUUGUUAUGACUUCCAAUAACUGUGCUAAGUAUGGUGCAAAUCGGUACAUAACCUGCUAUAGCUGUCAUAUAAACCUAUCUGGGAUGUUGACUUCUUGAGGAUCUAGGGGGCGCAAUUCUCAUCCGAUUUGGCAGAAAUUUUGUACAACGGCUUCUCUCAUGACCCUCAUCAUACGUGUCUAAUAUGGUCCGAAUCGAUCAAUAGCUUAAUAAUGCUCCCAUAUAAACCCAUCUCCCGAUGCAUCUUGAGCCGCUACACGGCGCAAUUCUUAUCGGAAUGGACUGAAAUUUUUCACAAUUCAUUGAUGGUCAGAAUCGGACUAUAACUUGGUAUAGCGCCAAUAGCAUAACAGUUCUUAUUCAAUAUUCUUUGUUUGCCUUAAAAGAGAUACUGCGUAAAGAACUCGACAAAUGCGAUCCAUGGUUGAGGGCAUAUAAGAUUCGGCCCGGCCGAACUCAGCACGCUUUAACUUUUUUCUGAUUUUCCCGCCCAGGCGUUCAGCGCCAUAGGCUGACAUGCUGACCUCUGCGCUAUGGUGGCUCUAUACCCGAAUUGAAUUGCAAAAGAUGAUCUUCAAUGAGUUUUUUUUUUUUUUUUUUUGGGUGGGAGCACUUGUUGAUAAAUGUGUAUACUCUGCCUUUCGGAUUAUACUGUACGUACAACGACUGAAAAUCCUAUCACUCUUUUGUGCUCUGUGACAACAACUCAAUGGAAAUAAAAAAAAAAAACAAAAACUCCACAGGCGACAACUGCGGUGAAGAACAGCCUCUUGCCGUACAUGAGCUACCGCUGCAUCCCGAAUAAACGACAGUUUGGUUACCGGUUACUAAAUUUUUAUUAAUAUAUUCCAGGCUAUUCCAUAUGUGUAGGCAAUAUGGAAUCUUUCUUUCAUCUUUAUGAUUAUACUUCAAGAAUGCUGUGAGCAUAAAGUGACAGAUUAUUGCUGAUUCAGCUCAUAUGUCAAGUAUAUGUCAAUUUCUACAGUGCUUCCAAACAAAAGUUUUUUCUUAUCUAAAGCAUACAUCAGAGUAAUACUUCCAUAGGAACAAAACAAUUGUGUUUGAGGAUAAUCAUAUUAAUCCAUUUGGAUAGCUUUAGCAUAAAGUCCAAAUGGGAGUAAAACGAAAUCAAUUAAAUUUUCCUAGUGAUUUUUACAUUCCCCUUCUUUUUAAAAAACAUACGAAAAAUCGCUUGAAGGCGAACGGCACGUCAUAUGUUGACCCAAAAGAUUUUUAUUACUGAUAACUUAUUUAGCUAAUGAAGUAUAUUUUUAAUGUGUACAUACAAAUGAUAUGAGUAAAUUAGGUAUGUAAUACAGAGUUAAGUAACUGAUACUUGGUAAAAGCAACAUUUUAAUGUUGCUUAUUUAAAAUUAAGAUACCAUCUAAAAAAAUUCUUUGAGAAAUAUAAAGAAAUAUACCGAAAUACAACCACACACUCAACUAACCAAACAACCAACCAAUUACAUCCAAACAUAUGAGUUUUCAUUACAAACUCUUUUACGUAUGACUAAAAGUAAACUCUUGGUUCAAGCAAUACAAUUCAAAUAAAAGCCUACUUUGUAUUGCUUGCCAAAGUCAAAUAUCAGAGUAUACUUUCAGGAGCUCCAUGAUGGUGUGCAAAAUUUCAUUGGUAUUGUAAACUCAAAUGUGACCAACGUUUUAAACGUUCUCCCUACCUAAAAAAAUAAGAAAAACACAAACACUAUAACUGUACGAUUUUUUAUGUAGAAACAAAUCCAAAACAUACUUCUAUAUUGAAUUUAAAACAAAUAAAGCAAACAGUUGCUAGUAUUAUUUAUAGUUUUUCUACUACAAAAGAAUAUAUAUAUAAAUAUAUUUUAAAUAUGUUUACAUAUUAUAAAUGUUAAAUGUUUUUAAAGAAAAAUUUAAUUUGUGUUAGUCUUUAAGAGAGGAACAAUGAAAACACAAACACGUGAAAUGAAACAAAUAGAACACUUAAUUCAAUAAACAACAAAGAAAGCAAACAAAAUUUAAAAUACAGGAAAUUUUUUCAUUAUUAUACAUAUUAUAAGAAGAAGAACAACAACAAGGACAGCUAGGUGAAGUUCAAUUUAAAGAAAUCUUA